AAUGCUCUCUAUUCUCUGGCCGCUCAAUUAUGUCUAUUAGCGAAAAUUCUACUCUGCUUGCUCCUGCGCGCGAUCACGACGGACCGGAUGAACUACUCGACGGGCAUCCGGAUCGAUUGGAGGACUUGGCCGUGAGUUCAUAUGACAAAUCACCGUAUACCGAUCAAAAGUUUGUUGCUCUCGAUGUUGGUCCUAGCCAAACCCGCUUCCUUGUGCACCGCACACUUCUUGAGCAGAGUCCAGUUCUCGGCGCAAAACCCAUAUCAUUCCUAUGGGGUGACAAGAGCAUUACGGAUGUGAUCCCACUCCCUGACCUCGACGAGUCCACUGCACAUACCCUCGUACACUAUCUUUACACAGGGAUGUACCAAACUUUGCACUCGUACAAUCUAGAAAAGGACGGAUUCGUCCACGGAUAUAAGCUUGGAACUUGCGUCUAUUGUGCAGCAACACGUUAUAAGAUCCCGGGCUUGGCGGACCUAGCAAAGGAUAGGAUCACUUUCUUCGGAGAAUCAUUGUCGAUCCUUGAAGUACUGAGCGUUGCUCGGGAGAGCGCUUUCCCAGUGCUGCCUGAGGAGGAAUCAUGGUUUCCUGCAUACCUCGAAAACGCGAUCAGAGGAGCGUUCUCCAAGGACCCAGAGCUAUUCUCAAAGCCAGACUUCUCGGAUCAAAUCGAGGGCGAUCGUAGGUUCCGCCAGGUUGUGAUGAAGGCAAUUUUAAACACAUUUACGAGAGGCCCACUUGCAGCGAACGAACGAGGGCCAGAACCAUCAUAUUCGGCCGGAGAGUCGAUUGUCGAACCAUCCUCGACCGGAGUAAGACGCGAUUCUAGAAUUGCAGAGAUACCAAAAGCUAGUGAGGUAGGUAAGACUAGUGAGGAUCAUGCUAGCGGAGUGGCCCCGCUGAGUGACGCUACCCAAUUGGUAGAGGUUGGGAAAGAUAUUGAACUGGAUUUUGAAGCAAACGAACCGGCCGUGGAAGUGCCAGCAAAACCAGAGCCAGUUACAGAUGAGACAGGUUGGGCCAGCAGCAAAACAUACCAGAAAAUGGGCAAGAAACCAGAGAGCGUAGCUGGCUCAGAAAUUGAUCCGGCCCCGAAGGAGGCAGUUCCAGUGGCAUCAACGCUGGAGACGGUUGUGGAGCAGGGAAGUCCUAGUUUGAGCGAAGCCAAUCCCGUCGUGGAAGAAGCAGGCGUUGCGUCACCUAGGCCGAUGACAGAUGAAACCAUGACGGUAGAUGAUGGGGGGCCAAACGAUGCUCCUUCGGGCUCUAAGAAGAGCAAGAAGAAAGAUAAGAAGAAAAAGAAGAGUCAGGGUGCGGGUACCUCUGUCGCCGUCGCCUAAGACCCUUGAAUAAGUUUCAGCUCAGAAGAGGAAGAAGGGAAAGAUCGUAGUCGCUCGUUUAUCGUAGAAGGGUUAUUUAAGGAUCGUUUAACUGUGUCUGCCCAUUUCCACAUGUAGCUUGCCCGCGUUGAUGUGAGAACAGGAUAGUCGUACAGAUACUAUGGAGUGGGAGACUAGAAGACUUCGGAAGACGCGAGGCGCUCGUACAGUAAAGUCGUCGGACA